AUGGGUGCCUUAGUCCACCAUAAUUGGAUGGUUGGAGGGGAUUUCAAUAUGGUGAUGCAUGAUUCUGAAAAAUUGGAUGGUCGGAGAAUUGACACCACUUUAAUUGAUAAAUUCAAUGAAGCUUUGGAUCUGGCUGGCAUUUCUGAUCUGGGUUUUGUUGGUUCUAGAUCUGGGUCUGAUCACAACCCCCUUCUUUUGUCCUUUGAUUGUUUCAAAAAGGUUUCCACCUAUCACUUUUAUUAUCUAAACGUCUGGGCUAGACAUGAUGACUUUUUGCGAGUCAUUGCUACUAAUUGGAGAUGUGAGGAGAUGGGCAAUGCAUGGUUCACUCUUUGGAAGCUACAUAAAAAGGUGGCUUCUGCUCUAAGAUCUUGGAACUGGGAUGUCUUUGGUGAUGUUCAUGGUAGAGUUAAGAGCGUUGAGCAGAGGGUCAAUCUCCUACAGGCUCUUGAUGAAUAUUCUUAUGAUAUUAUCCAUGACUUACAGGAGGCUAAUAAAGAAUUACUUGAGGCCUCCCUUUGGGAGGAGGAAUUGUUGCAACAAAAAACUGGGAAAAUCCACUUCUCUCAAGGUGAUAAAAACACCAAAUACUUUCAUGCUUGCAUUAAACAAAGACGAGUGAAUAACACUAUUGUGAGGAAUAAAAAUGAUGAGGGGUGUUGGAUUAAUGGGGAUGAGGAGAUUGGGGAAAGCGAUGUUCUUUAUUUCUUUAAACUUUUUGAGUUUCAUGAGAAUUGA